AUGGAGAUCGACCCGUACGAAGUGCUAGAGGUGGAGAAGGACGCUACCCCAUUGGCCAUCAAGAAGGCAUACAAGCGCCUAUCUCUAAAAUUUCACCCAGAUAAGAUCCAGCAACAGAACCUCGAUCAUGAUAACACCUUCUUCCCCAAGAUCCAGUUCGCGUAUAGUAUCUUAUCUGAUCCAGCCAAGAGAAAUAGGUAUGACACCACGGGAUCGUUGGGAUUGCUGGGAGAAGAUCCAGACGAUGUUUUUGAUUGGAAGGAUUACUUCGAUCUGAUGACAGAGAAGAUCACCAUUGAGAUGAUCGAGGAGGAUAGGGCCAAGUACCAGGGGUCCGAGGAAGAGAGAGAGGACAUUUUGCAUAACUUCGUUUACUACGAAGGAGAUUUUCUAAGGCUUUUUGAGGUGAUACCACACUUGGAGUUCGACGAGGCACAAGAAAGCAGGGUGUUCGACCUUCUAGAGGACGCCAUAGUCAAGGGAGAGCUUAGCAUGGACCAUAGCAUGGAGAAAACGUGGGACAAAUACAAGAAAUCACGAAAGACGAAAGUGAAGGCGAUGUUGAAGAAGUUGGCCAGGGAGGCGAAGCAGGCAGAGAAGAUGGCGAAGAAGAUCACGAAGAAGCCCAUUAAGACUGAAGGUGAUCUUGCUGCGUUGAUUCAGAAGAAAAAUGCGGGACUGCUAGACAAUUUGAUCAGUAGUUUGGAGUCAAAGUACGGCAAACUGAAGGGGAAGAAACGUGAGGCGCCUGUGAUUGACGACGAGGAGUUUGAGAGAAUUCAAAGAUCAAUGAAGAAGAAAAAAUAG